AGUCCAACUCUCCGAAGUUCAAGUGAUUUCCGGGACACUUUUUUCUCGUUUCAUUGUUAUCGCGUGAUUUAUUGUUAGCUAAGAUAUACCAAGUGCUAUUCAGCUAACAUGACCGCCGCCGCCGGUGACCGCCGGAGCGUAAGGGAAAUCUUUUUCGACGCCGGUGCCGGUGCCGCCGCUGGUGCUAUAGCUGCGACAUUUGUUUGUCCACUGGAUGUUAUUAAGACGAGACUGCAAGUCCAUGGUCUGCCCGAGGUUGCUCAGCCAGGACGUAGAGGAAGUAUCAUCGUUACCAGCAUGCAACACAUACUACGAACUGAAGGUUUUAGGGGACUUUAUCGUGGCCUUUCACCAACAUUGGUGGCCCUGCUUCCGAAUUGGGCAGGGUUGUUGCUGCUGUAUUGUUGGCUUUCUGCUGUUUCUGUUGCUGAAUUAAAAAUAUCAUGGUAGCUGUUGCGGUUUUAUAAAGCAAUGGUAGAGGUGUACUUCACAGUUUAUGGGCACCUUAAAGAAUUACUGCAAUCACACGCAGAGAGUAGCUCUCAGCUCUCUAUUGGUGCAAAUAUGAUAGCUGCUUCAGGGGCUGGAGCUGCAACAUCUAUUGCAACAAAUCCAUUGUGGGUUGUUAAAACACGAAUACAAACACAGGGGAUGAGAGAGGGGGUUGUUCCUUAUAAAAGUGUAGCAUCUGCUUUAAAAAGAAUCUUGCAUGAAGAGGGAGUCAGAGGAUUGUACAGUGGCAUCUUGCCUUCUUUAGCUGGGAUAAGUCAUGUUGCUAUCCAAUUUCCUGCAUAUGAGCAGAUCAAACUUUAUUUUGCGAAAAGGGAUGAGAAGUGUACCAGUGAUCUAGGACCUGGAGAAGUUGCAGUUGCCUCUUCAUUGGCCAAAAUAGUUGCCUCUAUAAUGACUUACCCUCAUGAGGUUGUGCGUUCUAGGCUCCAAGAGCAAGGACAAGCGAGAAACUCAGCAAGGCAGUACAGUGGAGUUAUCGCUUGCAUCAAGUGGAUCUUGAGAAAAGAAGGGCUCACUGGAUUCUACCGUGGCUGUGCAACAAAUCUUUUGAGGACGACACCAUCUGCGGUUAUUACAUUUACCAGUUAUGAAACAAUACAUAGAUUUUUAGUGCAGUGUGGAUCUGUAGGAGAGGAUGAUCAUUCAAAAGGUGCUUAGCCUAAACUGAGAGGCUGAAUUGAGCCUCGUAAAGUAGCUGAAACAACAGGGGAGAAUAAUGCUAAUAGUACACAGCAUUUGGAAAGUUCAUCAAGUAAAAGAACUUUUCUUCCUAUUGGGAAAUUCAGAUAAGCUAGCAGCCUAGCAUCUAGACAUUGAUUAAUGUCUGUUUGAUUGUCAGAUCCGGGUUGCAUUUUAUUUUAGGCUUGUAGCAAAUAUUAUUGUACGUAGUAUAUGUUUGGUGUAUGAUGUUCUCUUUCUGUUAAUGAAGGGCUAAUCCUGGCCCUUGUUAAGUUUUUCAGAAAUAGACUAAUGCCAAUGUUUGAAGCUCAUUGUCCUAAUCUGAAUCCUCCGUUUCAACGUGUAUAUGUUUGGUCUGUUGUCUUCUCAGUUCCAAGAUGUAAUAUAUUUGGCAGUGAACUUUUUAUGGGCAUUUGCAGUCAUU